CUAAUGCUCGACUUAACCCAUACCUUUGCCUUGAAAACCCCAAACUCAUCUCUUCCAUAUCAUAUCAGAAUAACCAAAAAUGUCUGACCAGCAACAGAUCAAUCCAUCCAUGGAAGACGCCUACAACUUCCUCAACAUCGUGCGCAAUCCGGAUGGAUCGCUCACCAGGCCCACCCGCUUCCCAACCCGACCAACAACCACUGAGAUUGACCCCACCGACUCCGAUCUCCUCGCCCUAUCCAAAGACUUACCUCUCAACCUCACAAACAACACCUUCAUUCGCCUCUUUCGCCCCCGAAACCCGCCACCGAACACCAAGCUUCCGCUCAUUCUUUUCUUUCAUGGCGGUGGGUUUAUAUUGUUGAGCGCCACAUCUUCCAUUUAUCACGAUUCAUGCAGCCGCAUAGCGGCGGAUAUCCCCGCCGUGAUCGUUUCCCUUGAGUACCGCCUCGCGCCGGAACACCGUCUUCCGGCGGCGUAUGAAGAUGCGGUGGAGGCCAUCAUGUGGGUUAAAACCCAAGCACUGGGCGGCGACGGCGUUGAUUCUUGGAUGAAAGAGUUGGCCGAUUUUUCCAUGGUUUUCUUGAUGGGCAGCAGCGCCGGAGGGAACAUGGUGUACCAUGCAGGGCUGCGCAUGGUGGAUGUUGAUCUCCGGCCCGUGAAGAUCGUGGGGCUGAUAAUGGACCAGCCCUUCUUCGGUGGGGUGCGGAGGACUGAAUCAGAGCUCAAGAACAAAGAUCCUCUCCUCCCUCUGCAAGCAGCUGAUCUGAUGUGGUCACUGUCAUUGCCGGAGAGUUCGGACCGAGGGCACGAGUAUUGCGAUCCAUUCGCCGGUGGGUCCCUCGACGAAAAAAUGGGACGGCUUCCGACGUCUCUGGUGAGGGGAUACGCCGGGGACAUUCUGAUCGAUAAGCAGAAGGAGUGUGUGAAGAUGUUGGAGGAGCGUGGGGUGCGCGUGGUAGCAAUGUUGAUCGACGGAGGGCAUCACGCGGUGGAGAUUUUAGAUCCCAAAUUUGCCGGGGAAUUUUUCGAUGACAUCAAAAAUUUUGUAUGCACUGUUGCUGCAGCUGAUCAGGAUAGCUAGACAGGCAUUAAUUGAAGUAAAAUUUUUACAACGGCCACGGUGGACAAAAGGCUUGCUGCAGCUGCGUUGAACCAAGUGUGGCGUUGAGACGGACAUCCCUGUUUUCCGCAGUCGACGGCCGGAUUUAAUUCUUUUUUCAUUAUUUUCUUCCCGAGUUAUUUAACGAAAUUUGG